UACAGAAAUUCUCAAAUUAUAUUUUAGGAGGAUCUGAGCCUCCCACAUAGUUCGACUGUGGAUGUAAAUCACUUAUGCGCUAUUAAAAGAGUUUUUACAGUUUCAGCUUCUUCAAAGUAAAUGUGUGCUGAUUAGGACGAACAGGAAAUCAAUUUAACUGUAAGCUAAUAGGAAUAUUCAGUAUCAGUAACUCCACAUAAAACGUGAUGGAGAAUCAAUGUGUGAAAAACGUUAAUGCAACUAAAAGAUUUUCUAAUUCAUGUAUUUAAACACACAAAUGAUACCAUAAGACGCAAUGUACAUUUUAGUAUAAUACACACAUUUAGAAAGAUUUGUAACAUGGAUCUUAAUACCGGAUGCGACAAAAAAAGUUUAAAAACGCUAAAUAUUAAGGCAGCAGAUGUAAUGUUAGUUAAAUCAGAGGUUUAUUAAAGAGUUCAAGUGUCGGUGCUUCGAUAAUCCAACAUUUAGUCCAGACGGAGUCUCUUCCAGCGGAUCAUCCAGACACCAGCAGCCGCCCCGAGCACCGGCAGCGUCCGUGUGUUUACCGGCGGACAAAACUCUCCGCUUCCAGGCCAACGAAGCAGCACAUCGCCGCCGUUUUCCUUCCACCGUGUCCUCACAUGUCUCUGCUAACCGGAACACCGAUGUUCCACCGGAGACGAGGAGCUUUUAGGCGGUUUAGGAGCACAAACGUGCAGAAAAGUGUCAGCGAGCCGCCCUCGGUCCCCGUGUGUCCGACAGCUUGGAAGCUUCCUGGAAGCGAGAGACAAAGAGCUGGAAGCCGAACAUGAGCCCAGUGUGGAGGGACACGCGUGUGGUCGGCGUGGCAGCGACCGUGGACUGUGAAAAGGCUGAUUUUGUGCGUAUUUUGUGUCCAAAACGUGUGAGAGAAAACACAAAUAUGGCCGCGUUUGAGGCGGCGGCAGCCCAGUGCAGUGUGUUGCCUCUUUACGGUUCUCAUGGUGUUUAUAAGUCCCGCCUCCUGCCUUCAGCUCUGACACUUUGAGACAAACAGAGACACAGAAACAUGGCGGAAGAAGCUCCAGCAGCUGCACCGGCUAAAGCCCCGGCCAAAGCCCCGAAGAAGAAGGGCUCCCGGCCCACGAGGGACGGACCCAGCCUCCCAAAGCUGAUCGUCGACGCUGUGGCCGAGUCCAAGGAGCGGAAGGGGAUCUCACUGGCUGCCAUCAAGAAGGUGCUGGCGAGUAAUGGGUUGGAUGUGGUCAAGGCCAACAAACGCAUCAACACCGCUGUCACCAAGCUGGUCACCAAGGGGGUUCUGACCCAGACUAAGGGCACCGGGGCCUCCGGUUCCUUCAAACUCGCCAAGAAGGAGCCCAAAGUCUCCAAACCGGCCAAGAAGGAGACCAAGAAGAAGGCUCCCGUCAAAGCCAAGAAACCCCCCGCUGCUAAGAAAGCUGUCGCUGCCAAGAAGUCCUCGAAGAAGAUAGCAGCAGCUAAGAAGACAGUGUCCAAGACGUCGCCGAAGAAGGCGGCGGCCAAGAAAGCUGUCAAGAAGACUCUGAAGAAGAACCCCAAGAAGUCCGCCGCUAAGAAGCCCAAACCUGCAGCUAAGAAGCCCGCAGCAAAUAAAAGUGCAGCCAAGAAGCCUGCAGCUAAGAAAGCUGCCAAGAAGUGAAGCUGCUUCAUCUCCACUCACUCAUCAGCAAAGGCUCUUUUCAGAGCCACCACAGCCUCCUCUGAAGAGCUGCUGCCUCCCUCAUCAAUGCAUCAACACUCAACAUCACUGCUCACAUUUUACAGCUCGACAACAUGGAAACAUUAACUUCAGCUCCAAACAUAAACACUUCGAUACUAAACACACAUCAUUAGUCUGUUAAAGGCAACCUGUCGUUGUUAUAAAUGGUGCUCAAUACAUUUAGAGAGACAUUAAAAAUAAGAACUGAAUUGGAAUUAAUUUGGAGCUAAGGAUUACAUUUUCAGAACAAUUUUUUACUACCUGUUCUUUUUAAUUCCAUAUUUAGAAUUAAAUUUUUUUUUUAGAAAAAAGUAUUUUUAAAUACAAAAACUGCAUCGUACAUUGAAUUUUUUCAAUAUUACUGUGUUUUCUGUUAUAUUAUUUAUUGAUAAUAAUGUAAAUCAUUUUAAAUGAGCAGGACGGAGCUUGUUAUCUGAGAAGGUACUGUAACCUCCUAGUUUACUGUUCUAUGAAAAAGAAUAAUAAACUAAAAUAAAACAUAUCUCAAUGAAAAUGUAAGAUUAGCAGAACUAAAUUCAACAAUAUGUUUAGCACUGUAAACACGCACGAAUUUAAGUUGAACCCAAAACACAAAUAUCUUUGCAUUAGUAUUAAACGAUUAGUCUGAACUUAAUUGUUCUGAGUUGGAAGUGUUUGGGGCUAAACUGCGGACGUAAGAGAGGACAGUUGGUAGCAGUUUCACUGGGCGGAGCCAAACUGAAAACCUUUUAUGACCUAAAUUAACCUGUUCCAAAAAUUGUACAGAUUUAGUCUCCAAUAUGACAUGUUUGAUUCAUGUAUUAAAAUUUGUCUUUUUUUUGUGUUAUUGUUUAUUGUGUCCUGUCGUGACACUUCAUGUUUUAAACGGUAGCAGACAGUGCAGCUUGUGUCCUGAAAUAUCGUUAUUAUACACGACCUCACAAACCAAUUAAAAACCAGUAGUGCAUUUAAAACCAACAUUUGAUUGGUCCAGUAACUGUUUAUU